GUUUUCCUGUACAAGGUGUUGCAUUUCCUCUUGGGUUUUCUCAGAAUUUAGCAAUGGAAAUAAUGUCCAUAUAAUAUAUUGAAUGUAAUUAAAUCCAAAAUGGUGAUAGAAAUUAAAUGCCGUUCAUUUUAAUUAUAAUGUUAAACUAAUAGUACUUACAGUUUCUUUGUGUUUGUGUGAAAUACUCUUAUAAGAACAAAAUGAACUACAAUGAAUUAGAGCCUGACUUCUACAACUCCGACACUAUAAGCAUAAGCACACUUGCUCUUGAAGAAGAUUUAAAACAGGAAAGAACGCAAGAAAUAUCCGAGUUGGUAGAUUUAAGCAAAAAAGUUAGUUUUCUACACACAAGCCUCCUGUACUACAGGAAUGCUAAAUCCAACAUGGGUACAAUUUGUUAUGAUGCAUGGAAAAUGGUUGUGAAGAAAGUUGGUGGAGCACCAAAUACUUGGCAGGACUUUGGAUGCUAUUUAGGCAUAUCUCAGGAAGACCUAGAUUAUAUAACCAACUCUAUAAAAGAUGAUCCAGCUGAUUUAAUACUGAAAGUCUUUAUGCAAAAUGAAAAUGCCACAAUAGACAAAAUAGUUGAUGCAUUGUUAAAAAUGAAGAGAUAUGAUAUACUAAAAUCAAUUGAAGUACCUCUUUGCAAUCUUGUACAGUGUUUCAAUAAAGAUGACAGUGGAUAUCACAGUGGAAGUAAAAAUUCAGGGUCCCGGGAAGUAGUUUCCUUCACAAAGAAUCUGAAGUGCGAUCUUCCAUUAGCUUUAAAGAAGAAAUUAACAAAAGAUGACAAAAAACCCAACACACCCUCAAUAAGGCCACCUCUAAAGACUGUACCUGAAAAACAAGCAGACGACACAGUUAUGUUAUUUUUAACUUAUGCAGAAGAUGGGCUAGAUACAGCAUUGAAUAUCCAGCAAUAUGUUGACAAUUGGGACUCCCCUAGAGUAACAAUAUUAAUGCUAAAUGAUAGAAGGGAAGAGGUGUACCAAAAUCCUGAAAAGUUCAUUCGAGAGAACUUUGAAAAGGCUGAUUUCAUAGUCCCAAUAAUCACAACAGGAUAUAUAAAUAGAAUUAACUCCAACACACCUCAGACGCCAUGUACAACAGAUAAUUUAGAUUAUAAGUAUGUAAACUUUAUUUACAACCUAAUCAUUAACCACUACAUCUAUGUGACUGGGUGUUUAAAUGAAAAGGCUCGGAGCGUGUUACCUCACAAUGCACAUGCCAAUGUCUUGUCUGAAGUUGCAUCAUACCCUGCCUUACUGCCAUGGACAUACGAAACAUAUUUCGAUGAAAUGUUUAAAGCCUUUUUGAAGAAAGAUUCAUAUUGAGAUUGAUUGAUUACAAUGGAGUUAAGACUUAUGUAAUUAUUUUGUUUUAGAUUUUUUUCUAGUAGUAACUCCUAAGUAUUAUAAUAUUAUUUUAUACCCAUUUAUUAAGAGUAUUAUAGUAUAAAGCAAAAAUAAUAUUUUUGUAUAUUUACACCUACAAGUAUUGUUAUUUAGGGCAAAUAAUAA